CCGGACGGGGCUGCGUCCCUGCAGGAACAGGCGAUCCGACCUGACACGCAUCACAUCAGCUACAGACCUGCACGACACAGCACGACAUCACAACAGCACACAGCUUCCAGUUUUCACUUUCUAAGUGGAAGGAGCGGCCUGUAGAGUCAUGGGCAACGUGCAGCCCACCAUAGUCCCAUAUGAGGACUUUGAUGUCACAGCUGAUAUUAAGGCAAUCAGGAAAGCAUGUAAAGGUUUAGGCACAGAUGAAGAGGCCAUUAUUCAGAUCCUGGCCAAUCGUUCCGCAACGCAGCGUGUGGAGAUCAAACAGGCCUACUUUGAAAAAUAUGACGACGAGCUUGAGGAGGUGCUGAAGAAUGAGCUGACAGGUAGUUUUGAGAAUGCCAUCAUGGCCAUGUUGGAUCCUCCUCAUAUCUACUUCGCCAAGGAGCUGAGGAAGGCCAUGAAGGGGGCUGGCACAGACGAAGCUGUGCUGGUAGAGAUCCUGUGCACAGCCACCAAUGAGGACAUCUUGAGUUACAAGGAGGCUUAUGUCCAGGUGCAUGAGCAUGACCUAGAGGCAGACAUUGAGGAUGACACCAGUGGAGAUGUGAGGAACCUGCUGAUGUCUCUGCUGCAGGCGAGCAGAGACCAGGGCUAUGAAGUAGAUGAGGAUUUAGCCGAACAGGAUGCCGCAUCUUUGUUUGAGGCAGGAGAAGGCAGAUUUGGCACAGAUGAGUCGACGUUCACCUUCAUCCUGACACACAGGAACUACCUGCAGCUUCAGGCCACUUUUAAGGCCUAUGAGUCGCUGUCAGGAACAGACAUUUUGGACACCAUUGACUCUGAGGCAACAGGGACUCUGAAGGACUGCUAUAUUACUCUGGUCAGGUGUGCUAAGAACCCGCAGCUGUAUUUUGCUCGACGCCUCAAUGCCGCCAUGAAGGGGGUGGGCACUGAUGAAGACACACUCAUUCGCAUCAUUGUAGGGCGCUCUGAGAUUGACCUGGAUACAGUGAAGGACAUGUACCUGGAGAAAUACGAUGUUACCCUGAAAGAUGCUCUAGAUUCAGAGUGUAGUGGAGACUUCAAACGCCUCCUCAUUGAGAUCCUGCACUGAAAGUCGCUACCUUCAUCCUACAGGCCUAAUUUAACCAACAUGACACAGUCUCUCCUCUGUACCCACUCAUUACUUCCUCCUCCUCUUCUUUAUCCUCCUUUUACCAGUUUCAUUCAUUCACUUUGUGAACAUGUUUCUAUCCAUCAUCCUUCUCACAUCUUAGAGAGAGUCAGUCCUCUUUGAAGCAUGGACCAAAAACCAACUCUAUAUUGUAUUAUAUUUACCAACUCUAUAUUAUAUUUUACAGUGUUAUACACACGGUAAACUUGCAUUCAUAGUCUUUAAAUACACAGUUUUACCAAAAACAUUACAAUCAAUGGGAAAUCUCUUUCUGUUUUAGUGCAAUAUACAAUAGAGGUGCAUUGACAAUUUGAUAUCCCUUUGACAAAAUUAUUUCAGGAUUGUGGAACAUAUCUGGAACUUGUGCAGCUGAGCAUCACACUCAUUGAUUUACUAAAAAAAAUAGAUAGUGUUAGUCCAGAUCAUUAUUCACAAUCAACAGCUUGACUGUAAAUUUCACCAUGUCAUCCUUAUAGCAAAGUUAUACACAUAGAGGCUGCUGCUGCUGCUGCUGCUGCUGCUUAACAUAAACUAUGAACUGUAAGCUUUUUAUAUUUGUCACUUUAUUAAUUUCUCUCAUCAUCACCCAGUAUCUUUACUACAGUUUUCCUCAAAGAUGCCUUUUGUAAGAUGAUAGCGAUGUAAUUUCCUUUUUGCUGCAAACACUCAACACGUAAGUGCCGAAUGAUCACAUUUGAUUAAUUAUACAUGACUAUAUUAUUACCCUGAAAUCAAAAACCAAAAACUCUUUAACUAUACACUAUUGGGUUUUUGUAGUCGCAUCCCUUAAUGCUGUGAGGGAUUUUUAACUCAGACGGUUUGAAGUCUUAUUUUUCAGUCACAGCUAACAAUUACACACUUUAUUAAACUGUUGACUUUU